GGGAUUGAGUAAGUCUGUGUGCGCCAGAGAGGGAGAGGGAGAGAAAGAGGGUGAGUGGGCGUGUUUACUGUAACCAAGGUAUAAAAAGUCGUCUCAUCCCUCUCUGGUCAUCUCUGGGUGUUUGAGAGUCAUCUUGGACCCUCCACUAUGAAGCUGUUGUUGUUGGCGUUGGGAUGCGUGCUUGUCCACGGUGCACCGGUGGAGCAGGGCUCCUUAGAGCAGGGGUCAUGUGAAGAUGCACAGGCAAAGUUCGCAGCAGGGCUGGCUCUCACAGCCAUCAACCAGAACCAGCAGGAGGGUUACGUCCUCAGCAUGCACCGCCUGUCCAACGUGUUCAUGAAGAUCCAUGUGAGUCAUAACUCUUGGUGCAAUAUUCCUGCCAGUUUGGAUUGAUUCAGGUUGUGAUGGGUAUUUUGUUAUCUAAGUAAAGUUAAGACAGGAUGACUCAGUCUGAAAAAGACUACUUAUUUUAGCAACUGGGGUACUGUCUUUAUCUCUAAACCACCUUAAGUUUCUGUGCUGGGAUCAGGAGAUACAGCGAUCCCAUCAGAAUCUGUAAUAUAUAGAUAUAUUAUGGAUUUUACCAAAAAUGUGCCCACUUUGAGUCAGUUAUCAGAUAAUUUAAGAGGGAAACUGUAAACAUACAGUUCAAGAAUUUCUUUAUAUACUCUUAACCUUUGAAUUCUUUCAUUUAAUUCAUCAUAAUUCAACUAUCCUACAUUGAAACACAGAUUAAGACGAGGACAUCCUCAGGACUGCUAUCUUAUAUGUUUGUGUGUGUCACAUGGCAGGAAGAGACUGGGGUGGUUUUCUACCUGACGAUUGAUGUUGUGGAGACCAACUGCAGCGUCCUCAGCAAGAGGGACUGGAAAACCUGUGUGCCUCGACCAGAAUCAGACACACCGGUCAGACACAAAUGCACACAAAUACACACAAGUUUGCACAUUUUCAAAAAUGCUGCUCUAAAAGAAAAUUAUAGGUUGUUACAUCAAUUUUUACAGCCUUUUUUCAGUAACGAUAAAACUGUGCACCAGGCAAAAGUAUUAUGUGCUUAUUGUAUUCAUUUUUGCAGGUUUAUGGUCAGUGCAAAGCUGUCAUCUACACCAACAGGCCACACAGAGUGGUGCGUCUCUACAAAUACAGCUGUGAAAUCACACCAGGUACAUCAAACUCACUUGGAAAAAUUUAAACAAAAUCAUGCAAGACGAUUCCUUUAUUAAUUGAGAAAUAAAAAAAUGCUUUUCACUCUGCUUAGUUCCUUCAGCGAGGGUACACAGCAGCUGUCCAGACUGUCCCACUCCUAUCGGCCAGGACAACUCUGAGAUUCAGAAGGCCAUGACUCUGUCUUUGGAAAAGUUUAACAAGGAGAGCGGGAUGUCCAAGCGUUUUGCCGUGCUGAAAGUUGAACGAGCUACCUCUGGGGUGAGAUUUUGUUAUUUCGAAAACUGAGAUUUUGCCUGAAACAUUUUAUUUUUUGAUAAAAAUCUAACCUCAACAGUUGUGGUUUAGAAAUAAAGUAAAUUAUUGACAUGGAAACUAACUUGUGGUAAUUUUGUCCAACUCCACACCAUCUUCUGUUUAGUCACAUCUACUCUUUUGUUAAAACUGUCUUUUUGUGUGCUUGUGUCUCUGUGUCUACUCUGUGUACCCAGAUGGCCAUGGCCAUGUAUUACAACGUACAGUACAGCAUCCAGGAGACCACUUGCUCCAAGACCGACGCGGCUGAUAACUGCCCACUCAUGAGCUGCGAGUUUGCUGUGAGUCACAAUGAUAGAUUUAUUUAUUUUUUGUCAUUUUUGAACAAUAGUUCUUUACUUUUUCUUACAGGAUGAGUGACUUGAUUAGUCUUAUCUAGCUCUGAAAUUUACUUUGUUCCUUUGACUUUCUCAGUACUGAACUGCAGACCCGUCGGACCAUGUCAGCAUAAAAAAGCAUUAGAAACUUGAAUAUAAGUUUAAACUGAUGUCACAUCACAGAUAUUCCUCCGCUUUCAACUUUCUAACUUGUUUUUUUGUUCUCCCGUCCUCAGCACAAGGGCUUCUGUAAGGGAUCUCUCUUCUAUACUCCCAGCGGUGAGCCUGAUGUCAGUGUAGAGUGUGAGGUCUUCGAGCCUGAGGUAAGACUCCAAUAUGCCAUGAUGAAACAUGUAUUGACUCCUUCUUUUAGUGGUUAUAAGAGAAAGUUCGAGUUUUUUUAUUUGAAAUAUCUACAGAUACACUCUGGGAUGCUGUAAGACUUGUGGAUGAAAAAAAACAUUAAUUUCCUGAGGCCUCUAAGAGUGUCUCAGAUUUACCUCAAUAUUGUCACGUGACUAACUUUUCACUCCUGUCACAGGCUGCUGACAGAGAAAAGCAACUGCAUGACUCUGCCACAGACCACGCCCACGGUGACACAGCUACACAUAACCAUGACCAUGACCAUGCACACCCUGUUGACCAGGCCCACCCCCAUGACCACGUCCACGACCAUACCCAGGGCCAUGAUCAUCACGAUGCAACCCACACACACUCCCCUACCGCUGACCACCACCACACACAUGACCAUGGAGUGGGAGGUAGCCACGGGCAUUCUCACUCACACUCCCACGACCACGGGCAUGGUCAUGACCAUGUGCACGCCCAUCACGCCAAGGCGCACGACCACAAAGAUGACAAACCCAACCAGCACCAUAAGUACCAGCAUGCUGAUGGCGAUCACACCCACGAGCAUGACCAUGAGCAGGCUCUGGACCAUGACCACAAGCACGAACACCUGCAUGAGCACGAACACCACCAUCAUCACCACGAUCACGAACAUGACCAAGCACAUAACCACCCAGAGGGCACUGUGAGGGUGCUGCCCGCCGUGGACCAGCCCAUGACCCUGCCAUCUUUCCCAGAUACCCCCGCUGCUGGCCCUGAGGUGGGAGUCACCCUGCCCCUCAAGCCUGAUCCUCAGAUCCCCGGAAAGAUGGAGCCCUUCAUUGAGGCUUACCCCGCCACAGUCUCCGCCCAGUGCUCACCUCCUCCAGCGGGAACCACCCUGGUGGAGAAUAUGUUUGCUGAGGACCCCAGGUUCAAGCCAGCUGCAUAAAGUGGCUGUGGAAGUGAAAAACUAAGCAGAUAUCACAGACUGAAUAUCCUCCACAUUGAAAGAUAAUGCAGCACAGUUUGACUGCUUCCACCAACCCACAGCAUUUCUUUUCCCUUUAACAACCAGGUGCAUCAAAACUACAUUAAUACUAUUUUCCCCUAGUUUUUUUUCUUUUGAAAGUUAAUCGUCCUUAAGUGGCGAAACCGUUUAGAUAUGCGAUCUCCAUAUGUACAAAACAAAUCACAAACAUAACUACAUCCCUAACUUUUGUCCACAUGGACUCAAUGUACAAUCAAGCUGGCAAACAUAAAAUGUCCCACUUGUAUUUGUAUGUCUAUCUCUGCGACACUUCAUAAAAUAAUAAAUUAUACAAUAAAUAC